AUGCCAGUGAUGAAGGGCCUCCUGGCCCCACAGAACACCUUUCUAGACACCAUCGCUACACGCUUUGAUGGCACACACAGUAACUUCCUGUUGGGUAAUGCCCAGGGCCACCGCGGUUAUCCCAUUGUCUACUGCUCGGAUGGCUUCUGUGAACUGACGGGCUUUACAAGAACUGAGGUGAUGCAGAAGAACUGCAGCUGCCGCUUCCUGUACGGGGCCAACACCAGUGAGCACGUGGCCCAGCAAAUGGAGAAGGCUCUGGAGAGCAGAGAAGAGUACCAGGCUGAGGUCCACUUUUACAAGAAGAAUGGUGUGGCCUUCUGGUGUCUGUUAGACAUUGUGCCCAUAAAAAACGAGAAGGGCGAAAUGGUUCUCUUCCUCUUCUCAUUCAAGGACAUCACCGACACCUACGAAAAGGGCCACUACAACAGCAAGAAGGAGGAGGACAAGAGCCACAGGAGGAAGAGCAGUUCACACUUCAGUGAAGCCAGGAAGCGUGGACGCACCAUGUUGUACCAGCUGACCAGCCAGUUCUCCAGUGGAGGCAAAGGAGAGGUUAACCUGGGUGGAAGCAUGAUGGACAAGCCUGCGAUACCAGAGUACAAGGUGGCAGCAGUGCAGAAGUCGCGCUUUAUUCUGCUGCACUACAGUGUUUCAAAAGCACUGUGGGACUGGCUCAUUCUGCUGGCGACCUUCUACGUGGCUGUCACCGUGCCCUACAACGUCAGCUUCACGCCGCAUGAUGAUUCCAUUACAGCUGCACGCUCCACUAUUGUCAGUGACAUUGCAGUGGAAAUGCUUUUUAUUAUAGACAUCAUCAUGAACUUUCGCACCACCUUUGUGAGCCAGUCAGGCCAGGUGGUGUAUGAGCCACGCUCUAUUUGCAUUCACUAUGCCACCACUUGGUUCUUUGUGGAUCUGGUGGCUGCCCUGCCCUUUGACCUGCUGUACGCAUUCAAUAUCACAGUGACGUCUUUGGUCCACCUGCUUAAGACGGUACGCCUCCUGCGUCUCCUUCGUCUGCUUCAGAAGCUUGACCGCUACUCCCAGUACAGCGCUAUGGUGCUGACCUUGCUAAUGUCUGUGUUUGCCUUGCUGGCUCACUGGAUGGCCUGCAUCUGGUACAUGAUUGGACGCAAAGAAAUAGAGACCAAGGAGAACUGGGACAUAGGGUGGCUUCAUGAGCUGGGCAAACGUCUGGAGACGCCCUACAUCAACAGCACAGUGGGCGGCCCGACAGUGCAUAGCUCCUACAUCGCUGCCCUCUACUUUACCCUCAGCAGCCUGACCAGUGUGGGAUUUGGCAAUGUCUGUGCCAACACUGAUGCUGAGAAGAUCUUCUCCAUCUGCAUCAUGCUCAUCGGCGCACUGAUGCAUGCACUGGUCUUUGGUAAUGUGACCGCCAUCAUCCAGCGCAUGUACUCACGCCGUUCUCUCUACCAUACACGUAUGAAGGACCUGAAGGACUUUAUCCGUGUCCACCGUCUGCCCCAGCAGCUUAAACAGCGCAUGCUGGAGUACUUCCAGACCACAUGGUCUGUCAACAAUGGUAUAGAUGCCAACGAGCUCCUGCAUGACUUCCCUGACGAGCUGCGGGCCGAUAUCGCCAUGCAUCUGAAUAAGGACAUCCUCCAGCUGCCGGUCUUUAAGGGGGCCAGUCGCGGCUGCCUGCGCUCACUUUCUCUUCAUAUAAAAACCUCAUUCUGUGUCCCGGGGGAGUACCUCAUCCGUCAGGGUGAUGCACUGCAUGCCAACUACUUCGUCUGCUCUGGCUCUCUAGAGGUGCUGAAAGAUGGCAUGGUGUUAGCAAUAUUAGGGAAAGGAGACUUGAUUGGCUCGGACCUGCCUGGAACAGACCAGGUGAUCAAAACCAAUGCUGAUGUGAAGGCGCUUACCUACUGUGAUCUUCAGUACAUCAGUGUGCGUGGCCUAAAAGAGGUGCUGGAACUGUACCCCGAGUAUGGCAGCGUGUUUACCUCCGACAUCCACAACAACCUCACCUAUAACCUCCGUGAAGGCAGCCAGGAUGAGGGCCUCAGAAGAUUUUCAAAGUCACCGAGGCUUCCCCAUGAAUCCAGACUUCCUUCUAUUGUGGAAACCAAGAGUGAUGACCCUGAUGAUUCCUUCCACCUCUCUCCAGCUACACGCUCCCGCCGCAACCUCCUGCUGCCCAACUUCACCAGCCCUGUUCGCCGCACCUCCCUGGGGAACCUUUUGGGGGAUGAGUUACGGCAGUUCAACGCCCUGCGACGCUGCCGUUCACCAAACCUUAGCCGUGGCUUCCUCGGACAGAGCUCCCCUCAGCCGCCAUCGAAAAGAGAGCACAGCACUCCUGUGCCAGCCCAGACCACAGCCUCAACUGCAACCCACGGAGAGUCAGGAGCUGAGCAAAAGCCUUCAAAGCUGCUCAUCCCAACUGUCACUUGUUUUGGGCCACCAGAUCUUAGUCCCAGGGUUGUAGAUGGCAUUGAAGACAACGGGCAUACGUUCCAUUUCAACGUGGAGCACAGCGGGCCUAAUGCCAGUGCAGAGAGAAGCAGCACCCAAGACUCCACACAAAAUAAUCCCGCUCUGCUCCUGGAGACGGAGGAGGUCAGGCAGAGCAUCAAUCAACUCAACCUUAAGAUGGGCGCAUUAAACCAGGAAGUAUCUGAGCUCACCAAGGGCCUGCACCACAUGAUCCACAUCCUCCAGGCUCACGUAUCUUUUCAUCACUUCAGUGUCCCUUUCCCCUCGCAUCCGUGCGGUGUCCAAAUGGCGUCCAGUGUGCCCCAAGCCUCCAACAGUGGCAUGCCUUUUAAUCAUGCUUCAACCUUCCACCUCCAUAACGAUCCUGGGAGCCACCACACCCACCAAAGUGCUCCAGCUGCUGGCCACUGGAGCUGCAGUGCAACUGGUGAAAAAGAGAGCCAUCAGCGGCCUCAGUCCUGUAGUCCUCCUGCUAACUACUGUCCGUCCCUAUCUGCAAAUUCUUCUCCUAAGUCUGGCCCGUGUCAUGGCUCUGAGAGCGUGACUACACAUCUGUGGAGUAGCCCAUCUCUUCUUAGCAUCAGUCCAGGCUUCCAUGGAGGAAGUCCAGACCUUCCAUCUCAUGCUGGGCAUGAAGACAACAGACCCCUUGGUGCUAGUUCAACCAUCAUCAGUCAGUCCCAGCCCACUUUGUGCCUGCAGCCUCCCAGUGAUAGUGAUGAAUACUCUUGCCUUUUGUCCAGUCCCCCUACAGGUAUGUCCACCCACAGCCUGCUGGACACAUCACCCCCUUCUUACUCCAACCCAUCAAAAGCCUCAAAUGAGGCCAUGUGCGUCCUGAUGUCCACCUCACCAUCUCACACUCUCAUCCAGGACACCUCAAUCUUCCAAAUUAAGGACUCACACGCCUCUGUCCACCCUGUACCAUCCUCUCCACCCACAUUAACUUGCCAGCCUUUUGGCAGUUCUGUGGAUUCAGGAUCAUUACAAUCUGAUGUUCUUGAAUCCCAUCUCCCACUGGGUGACCCAUCUGCGGUAGAGCACACCAGUCUGGAAUGCCUACUGGGAAACAGGAGCUCUUUGGAAAGCAGGGAUAGUGAAAGUGCAUCAUCACGAAGGUCCAGCAUUGGUGUCCAGACUCAGAGCACCGAGCAGUCAUGGUGUCUGGACCUCACAGAUUAAUGUUUCCACAUUUCAGUGGCAGACUGGAAUAAAGCAGAACUGAACAAAAAGUUAAGAUGCAACUUCUUCACACAACAGUGUUUUCUGAGACUGGAACUUGUCAUCGUGUGCUCUGUUUCCCCCAUUUUACUUCCCAGGUUCCCUUAUUAGUCAGACUUCACAUAAUUUACACUAUUUCUAUGCAAAAGCAUGUCAGUUGUGCUUUAUCUUGGCUUUACUGAAGUGUGUCUAAAAAAAAAAAAAAAAGAAGCUCUAAGACAGUGCGUUCCA